GACGAUUUGCUGAAACAGUGUCGCCCCUGGUGUGAAUUUCACCGCAAAUAAUUUGCAAGAGGAGCCAUAAAAAUUCUAUUUACAUGCAUUUUACGGUGAUUUACGGUCCCGGAGACUAAUGGUGUGCUUAGCUAGACUCCUCUCACUGUGACUUCCCCUCGCGAACUGUACGCACGCAUAUUCCCACUCUUGGUGAGUCACCGUGGAGGAGGUUAUGUCCCAGAGUCUCUGUUUCUUCUGAUUUCACCCCCAAAACAAUGGACUUCUUACCUCAAAAGCACGCCAAGUACUUUGCCAGGUUCCUGAAUCUCCUCCCAGCUCGAUUGGCAUCUCACGACUCUACGCGGGUCACGAUCGCCUUCUUUGCCGUCAGCGGGCUCGAUGUCCUAGACUCCCUGGAGCUGCUGGCGCCCACUCAGCGGCGGAACAUCAUUGACUGGAUCUACAGAUACCAGGUGAUCCCGAAGGGAGGGCUUCAGUGCGGCGGAUUCCAAGGCUCGAGCACGCUGAGCAUCAAGAGCGAUGAUCAGGGAAAGAGGGCAGCCGUGGAGGCCUACCACUGGGGCCACCUGGCCAUGACGUACACUGGCAUCGCUGUGCUGAUCGCCCUCGGAGACGACCUAAGUCGCCUGGACAGGAGAGCCAUUGUUGAGGGCGUGGCGGCUGUCCAGCGCGAAGAUGGCAGCUUCAGUGCCUCCGUGGAGGGCAACGAGCAGGACAUGAGAUUCGUCUACUGUGCCGCCGCGAUCUGUGCCAUGCUCAACGACUGGGGCUGUGUGGAUCGCCAGCGAAUGGCACAAUACAUCCGGCAAAGCAUUCGAUAUGACUUCGGUGUGAGUCAGCACAUGGAGAUGGAGGGUCACGGAGGCACAACCUUCUGCGCCGUGGCGGCCCUGCACCUCAGCGAUCAACUGCACAUCCUCUCGCGCCGCGAGCUGGAGGGAAUGAAGCGGUGGCUGGUGAUGAGACAAGGCGUGGGCUUCCAGGGGAGGCCCAAUAAGACCGAGGACACGUGCUACUCCUUCUGGAUAGCGGCCACGCUCAAGAUUCUCAACGCUUUCCACUUGACGGACUUCGAGGAGAACCGGAACUUCAUUCUGUCCACGCAGAAUCGCGUCGUGGGCGGAUUUUCCAAGUGGCCAGCAUUCAACACUGAUCCUUUUCACACGUACUUCGGCAUCUGCGGGCUGAGCUUCGUGGAUGAGCCCGGCGUGCUGGAGGUGAUGCCCAGUCUCAACAUAUCAAUGCGCGCCUACAGGCGACUCAAAAAUCUGCACAGCACGUGGGAGGCGACGCAGAACCUCAACGACGUGCGCCUCAACAUCGACUGAGGGGCAGGAAGAGAGCACAAAGUAUAAUGGUAAGAGCUGUUGAUAAAGUGUAACUGUUUUGUGUACUUGGAUAGAUUUGUAACUAUUGCAAUGUUAUAUUGAAUAUACAAUGUAUUAUUUUGCGGACAAAACAUCGCAGUCUAAUUUGACUUCUUCUGCUUGG